AUGUCGGCAAAUCCAUUUUCUGAAAAAAUUCCACUUCGUAUAGGAAAACCUAUACACCUUUUAAAUUGUAUGAGUCUAGAUGACAGAGAUACAAUUCUGUUAGAAGAACAAGCGCUGAGAAUUUUGAAAGAAAUUGAAGAACCUAUCGCAGUUAUAACCAUUGGACGCCAUGAUGGAUUCGAACUUGGUUCGUCGGUGAACGGAUGUACCAAAGGUAUUGAUAUUUGGAAUACUCCAUUCUACCAUGAGGGCAAACGUGUAGUUGUUAUCGAUUGCGAGGGCAUUAAUGAUCCUAAUCAGGAAGUUCCAUGGGCAAACAAGCUUUUUGUUUUAUGUCUGGCCAUCUCUUCGACCCUAAUAUAUAAUAUUAAUGGAAUUAUUGGAAGAGACGACAUUGACAAAUUAUUCCUAAUGACUAAAAUCGUAUCUCAGAUCCAACCUCCAAAUGAAUUCCAAUUUUUACCAAAUCUGGUCGUUCUACUUCGAGAUUUUCAAUUAGAUAGUCCACCAGACUUUGUAGAGUAUUUUCUUGAAAGAUUAUCAAAUGUCAAUGAUGAUGCCGCAAAUGACAUUACAAAGUUUUUUAAAAAGUUUCAAGUUUAUGCGAUUCCACCCCCAGGAAUUGGACAAGAAGAUAUGAGAAAUAUGGAUAAAAUUAAUACCUACCAAUUAGAUUCUAAUUUUGUUACAAAGAUUGAAGAAGCAGUAACAAAUAUUUUUGAAGAAUUGCCUCCCAAGUAUCUUAAUGCUUCAGCAAUGACAGGGUCAAUUUUUGCCGAAUAUCUUGAAAAAUGUGUUGAACAAAUAAAUGACCCAGCAAACACUAUGUUAUCAAUUCCAAGCGCCUAUGAAGUAACCAUUAAUUACGCUGCUCAAAAGGCACAUGAAACUUGUCUUGAAAUUUAUACUGACAUGAUGAAUAAUAUGGGUUUUCCAAUUUCUUGGGAUACAUUUGACGAAACUCAUACUAUCGCAUUUGAAUAUGCACAUAAAAAUUUCAUUCAAAGAAUCCUUGGAAACGCAAACCAAAUUCAAACUUUCCUAAAAACGUUUCACGAUAAGAUUGCCGCUUUAAAAGAUGAAUUUUAUAAAGAAAACUCUACCGCAUUAAAAAAUUAUAAUGAAGAGCGUGCUCAUAAUCUCUGGAAUGAUCAUGAUACGGAGGGAUUUGAAGAAGCUAUCGAAUUAUUUGAACAAAUUUUUGGAACUGAAGCAAUACGAGGGCAGGAAGCUGCACAAGUGCUAAACGAAUUUAAAGCUAACCAAUAUGUAGAUGCCAUUAAGCUUUUGAAUACUAAUGGUGCAUUGCAUGAUGAAUAUGCAAAUGAUAUAUUAGAACGUCAACAAACAGAAAGAAAGUAUUAUGAAAUUUUACAAGAAGAAGAUGAGAUACUAACAGAAAUAAAUCAUGUUAGUAUUGAAAAUGGAAAAAUUCAAGAACAACUUGAAGAAAAAGUAAAAACCAUCGAAGAAUGCAUUCAAAAUCAAGAACACCAAAAUUAUCAAAUAAUUUAUGAAGAAAGACGACAGAAUCAGCAAGUAAUCAAUCGAUUAAUGGAUGAAAAUGAUCGAAUGUUCAAACUAGUAGAAGAUUAUAAUCGAAUGCUUAAUCAAAUCAGAGAAGAGCAUCAAGAGAAAAUAAAUAGUUUGCAAACCCAACUUGAUAGAAAGAUGCAUAAGAAAAAUGAUAUUUUGAAUGUAGUGAAAGAUGUUGCUAUGGCGGUUGCACCACUAAUUAUUAAAU